UUUGUUAAUGAUGCACAGGAAAGUGUUUACAGGUUUGUAUCCGCUUUGGAUAUUUUAUUAGAAAGGCUAGUUGUUAAUUCAGUUGGUGCAAUUAAUAUAUAUAUAUAUUUUAUGAUCAUCAUGCAAAAUGUUUACAGAAAGUUAGUAUUAAACGUCAUCAGAAGCCGGAAGACUAGCAUACAUUCUCCUUUUGUGCCUGCUGUCAGAAAAUUACAGUGUUCAGCGCUUAGAUUGUCUGCAGACGGCGUGAAGGGCAACGAGCAGAAGAAGGGGGUUGAUGCUUCGCUCCUCGAGUACUUGGUUUGCCCCUUGUCAAAGAAACCGCUGCGCUAUGAAGCGUUAACCAAUGAACUGAUAAACGAGGAACUUGGAAUUGCCUAUCCUAUCGUUGAUGGUAUACCCAACAUGAUCCCACAGGAUGCAAGAAUGACCCGCAAGGAUGAACAAACAAGAAGAGACAACGCAGAGGACUGA